AUUCCCUAGCUUCUUGCAGUUUUAGAAAGAGAAGUGGCCUGAGUUUUGUCUGUUCAUCGCUUCCGCAAGCCACCGAAACUAUCUACCUGCAACAACAACAAUAUUCCCAAAUAUAUAUCGAGUAAAGCAUCUCCUGUUCUGGGGGACUAUCUCACUGCGGUGCCUGGUUGCUCUCUCUCUCUCUCUCUCUGUUUCUCUGUCUGUCUGUCUGUCUCUCUCUCUCUCUCUCUCUCUCUCUCUGUGUGUGCGUGUGUGUGCGCCUCUGGAGAGAGAGAAUUGGGGUAUAUGGAGUUGGUUGCUGAGUCAGAAUAAUGAAAGGAGGCGGACACAUGGUAUUCUUGCAAAGAAGGAAGUUUGGUUGCAGGGAGCUGUCGGGCAUUGUCUGAUCCUUGGCUUCUGCAAGUUUCAAAAGGUCUGAUGGGAAAUAUGACUGGUGAAGCUCUAGUCAACAGUAUUUCAAGAUAUAUUCAUUUAGUUGCCUGUCAGACCAUGAUGAAACUAGACCCACUUCAGAAAGACUACAGAAAGAUAGUUGACAUUCUGAAGCUUUUGAGGCCAGUGCUUGAUGAGGCCAUUGAGUCCAACGUACACUCAGAGGAGCUACUUGUGGAAUUUGAGGAAUUGGAUUUGGUGGUUAAUGAGGCCAGGGAUGUCAUUGAAAACUGGAAUCCCAAAAUGAGUAAGAUAUUAAAUGUCUUAAGAAGUGAGCCACUGGUGAUGAAGGUCCAAAAAAGUUGUCUGGGAAUUUGUUGUGUACUGAACAGAUUGCUGAUCUCUCCUGCAAUUGAGCACUGUAUGCAGGAACUUCAAUGUAUGGAACAGGGACAAGCAUCAGAAUUCAUCGAAGAAGCUCUGAGAGAUCAGAGAGACAAUCUCAGACCCCGAUCAGAUAAUUUGAUGAAAAUUGUGGAACUGCUUGGUUUGGCAUCUAACCAGGAGUUAUUCAGGGAAAGUGUUGCUUUGGAGAAGGAAAAGGAGAAGGCUGAAUUAACAAAAGAAAGAACAGACAUACACUAUCUUGAUCAGAUUAUUGUCCUUGUCAGCCACAUUCGUGAUUGCAUCAGUUUGAAUAAAUCCAGGCUUACUGAUGGCAGGGCAGUUCCUGCAUAUUUUUGCUGCCCAUUGUCAAUGGAGUUGAUGAUUGAUCCAGUUAUUGUGGCCUCCGGACAAACAUUUGAAAGGGCUUUCAUUCAGAAGUGGCUUGACUAUGGCUUAAGAACUUGCCCGAAGACAUGCCAGUCACUUGCUCACUGUGAUCUCAUUCCUAAUGACACAGUUAAGGGACUUAUUCUGAAUUGGUGUGAGAUGAACAAUGUUCUUUUUCCCCCUUCCUUCAUGUCAGUAGAUCACCAGCAUUCAUACCCUUAUGCUCCUUCAACAGUCUUGGAUUCUCCAGAUAGUAAAACCCUUCCACGCAAUAGGAGUGUUAGGUCUGAUGAGGCCCUGUAUACAGCCAAUCAGUACUUUGGCAGCAAUGAAGUCUUGAGUGAUCACAUUUCAAUUUCUCAAGGAGUUAGGAACAUGUCAAUUCAGAAAGAUGGCACUGUAUCGUUUCAAAAUGGAAACUCCUUUACAGAAAGAAGGAAAGGGAGUCAUGGCAUGCGCUGUGAAAUUCCAAGUGUGGUGGUGUCAGAAAGUAAACCCAGCAACCUCUCAUCAUGUGACCAAUCUAGUGAUCAUAGCCGGACUGAUUCACUGUCAAGUGCCAUUUCUAGCGUUGAGUAUAAUCAUGCAGUGGGUACAGAAGAUUCAAAUGAAGCAACCAGGUUUUCAGGCAAGCACGAUAGCAAUGAGGCCUCUGGAGAAAUUACAUCUUUCCGUCAUGUUUCCCCCACUUGGUUGCCUGGACGAGUGCAUAGUUCAGGAAACCGGGCACAGGCUGGUGAUAGUACUGUUCCUCGAAAGCAUGCAUCUUCACUUCCAUCUUACAGACGUGAGGAUGCCUCAGCUUCAACAACUGUUGAACAUGUUAAAAAAUUGAUUGAAGGACUUCAUAGUCAAUCAAUUGGAUCACAAACGGCAGCAGCAGAAGAGCUUCGGCUUUUGGCAAAGUAUAAUAUGGAAAACCGGAUAAUGAUUGCAGAAUGUGGAGCUAUAGCUCCAUUAGUUUCUCUAUUAUAUUCUCAAGAUAAAAAGACACAGGAAAAUGCAGUGACAGCACUUCUGAACUUAUCGAUAAAUGAUGAAAACAAAUGUAGAAUUGCAGAAGCAGGUGUGAUUGAACCUCUCAUUCAUAUCUUGAAGACAGGAAAUUCUGAAGCCAAGGAAAACUCUGCUGCAACUUUGUUUAGCCUCUCAGUUAUGGAGGAAUACAAGGCCAAGAUUGGGAGAUCUGGUGCUAUCCGUCCUUUGGUUGAACUUCUUGGUAAAGGAACCCUUAGAGGAAAGAAAGAUGCAGCCACUGCACUCUUUAAUCUAUCCAUCUUCCAUGAGAACAAAGCACGCAUAAUCCAGGCAGGUGCCGUCAAGUUCCUUGUGGAGUUGAUGAUGGAUCCAGAAGCAGGAAUGAUUGAUAAAGCUGUUGCCGUUCUGGCAAAUCUAUCAACGACCCCAGAAGGCCGAUCAACUAUUUGCGAGGAGGGUGGGAUUCCAGCAUUAGUGGAGGUUGUUGAGUUUGGAUCUCAAAGGGGUAAAGAGAAUGCAGCUGCGGCCUUGUUGCAGCUCUGCAUUAAUAGCCAGAGUUACUCCAGCCUGGUGUUGCAGGAAGGAGCUGUGCCCCCACUAGUUGCGUUAUCUCAGUCAGGCACACCAAGAGCAAAAGAGAAGGCACAACAGAUCCUCAGUCAUUUUAGGAACCAAAGAGAGGGAAAAAUGGGCAAGGGGAAGCAAUAAGAUGAUCGCUACAUGAGUUAAGCAGUCUCCAAGUUCAUAUCUGCGUCUGUUCAGUGAGAUUUAUUUCAUCUUCAGUUAUCGUUUUUCACCGCUGCAACAUGCCUAUCAUUGCCGUCCUAAUUUUGCGAUGCAGCCCGUCAGGCGGUGAGAUUUGUUGUAGUUCGAAUGGCGUUUCAUUUCUGAUGUAUAUAACUUUCCCUCUCUCCACACGCACACACCCGAGAUUGGAGUAUGUUUUUCUGUGUAACUGUUGCAUGUUUGCAUAAGGAGGCUAGUUGGAAAUUCAUGUCCA